AUGCCGUGCAACCCUGGUGAAUGUAUUUGUAUUUCAGACAGUGCUAAUUGCAACAGUGAUUUGGUUACGCAGAAAAGUAUUGCUAAAGGUUUGGGAUGUGACAAAUGGGCAGGAAAGUUUUGCAGAAAAUUUAUUGAUAAUUUGAAUAUGCGCUCACUCCUUUCAUCGCUUGUAUUGUCUAUACUAUUACUGAAUUUCGAUGCCUUCUGUAAUUCGAAUGGUCAGUUAAGUCAGCGAGAAUCAUUUCCACCAAGACCGUUUUUUCCACCCAGUUCGAAGAAAUAUCUUGUUGAUUAUUAUACUGGUAAUGAUGCCGAACCACAGCAUCUGUUAUAUAAAUCUGAAAUUGUUGUUGUUAUGUAUUAUGCACCGUGGAGCAGAAGAUGCAUCAAAACACGCGUAGUUUUCGAGAAAGUUGCAAGAAGUUUAAGCGCGUCUUCUGAUAUAUCAUUCGCAGCAGUUAAUUGUUUUUUUCCCCAUGGGGAAUGCAGAAAAUCUCACAAAACCUACACAUAUCCAGUUAUUGUUGCUUAUAUCGGAAAGCAAAAUUUGAUGUAUACUGGUUUACUGGCACCAGAUUAUAUAUACAGAUGGAUAUCACAUUUGCGAAACCCUAUUCGUCGACUUAUAAGUCCGGUCGCUGUGAAUAGCUUUCUUGACGAAUUUGAUGAUGCAGUCAUUGCAUUUUUCCAUGCAGAGGUCGCAUUUGCUGUAUCAUAUGAAUUUCAGCAGUAUAUUAAAGCAGCAUUAAUUGUUUUCCAACGUCAGAAUUUGCUCGAUAAGGUUGGUUUCGCCAUUGUGACAAAUUCGAGCUUAGCAAUGAGCUUAAAUUCGUCACCGAGGGUGUGGAUUCAGCUGAGAUCCUGGAACUUUACUUUCAACUAUAAUGGAUCAAAUAUGACUGCUUAUAAAAUUUUCGACUGGAUCAAAAACCAAGUGCGUAAAUCAAAUAGCCUUCAGUGGAUUAGUCCAGAAAUGAAUGGUAUUGCAAAAAGUGAAGAGUUGUUAUCAAUUUUGCAACAUCAUGCAACAGUUGUGAUGUUUGUAGAUCGUCAGGUACUUUACCCUCAUAGCUGGGCAAUUUCAGUGAUGAGACAGACCAUUAUGGAAUAUUACGCAUGUGGUGCAAACUUAACAAAUCAAAUGAAAUCUAGAUCAUACAAACUUGAUGCAUUGCUUAAUGAAAGUAAUCGAAUAAUUGCAGUAAGUAAUCAUAAAUGCCAGAAAAUGGAUGUUCGUGCUGUGGAGAUUCGAAAAUGCUGCAUGACAGAGAAAACUUCUUUAACGUCUCGUUGUUUCCAGUGUCACUCCAAAAAAGGAAUCAAUUUUUCGGAAAAUGGAAGUUGCAGUCAACUUCCAUUAUUCUUUUAUAAUACUUACUCGUCAUUGUUUCAUAAUGUGCCUUGUUUAUCCGUCCUUUCGGCAUUAGGUGAAGAGCAACUGUUGAGUGAUUGCUGUGCAUUUUUAAUUUCAAAAAAUCAAAAACUGGAUGUGUUACAAGGCACAUCUGAACAAUGUGCUAAAUAUAGGCUUGCUCGGAACCUUUAUAAUCGUAUUUCUGAUUCAGCCUCAUCUACUUCUUACCCGUUUGAUGCAACAUCGGUUACGGGCCUUUCAUGUGAUAAAAAUAAUUCUCUACGGUUUGUUGGUGUUGAUGGUCGGUAUGGUGAUUAUAUACUAAAGCGAUUGAGGAAACCAUACAAUGGACAGAUUGCCGCGCUGAUUGUAGACCCUGGUACUGAAAUGACUUUUUUUAUGCGAAACGAGUUUUCCAGGCAUAUUUUUCGUGACUUUUUGCGCGCAUUUCACAAUGGCUCGUUGGUACCGCACGUGAUUUCCGAGGCUUCACAGAAGGAACCGAACAUUUCGAAACAUGAUGAUUUGUCUAUUCUACCGAAUUCUACUGCAGAAUCGUUUAGAAGGGAUAUUAACUCGUCUGAGGAUGCUGUAGUGUUUUUCUCUGGCGGAAAUUGGCAUGGACCAAGUGCUUCCGUAAUUCAUGUUUAUCAUUCAGUGGCCCACUACUUUCACCCAUUUCCUAAAUUGAUUAAAUUUUUCAUAAUUGAUGUUUCGUUAAACGAUCUACCGUGGCAGUUUCAAAUGGAUACAUUGCCUGCGGUUUUGUUUUUCCCUGCAGAAAGGAAAUCGUCUUCGUCACGAUUUCCAGCUUUAGUUCCACUUACGGUGCCAAAUUUGAUAGCGUUUAUCGUGACGAGAUGUCGAAGGGAGUUGCGUUGGCAGUUGGCCUUAUUUUCUUGUUCUUUUUCGUCUUUAUGCAUUAAAAAGAACAACUUACGUUUGCAAAAGAUUGCUGUCAUGAUAAGGAACGAUAUCACAUUAUUGAAGUUGAUUCAGUCUCCCAGCUACGAACAUUCUCAUGUUUUUCAACAUUUAAUACGAAGACGCUCUAAACAACUUCAUUUCGCACGGAAACUUCUGAAAAUUGUGUCGAUAUCCAAAUUCUCCUGA